GAAGGCACUAAAAAAACCGCCCCCCAGUUAAGAAAACCGACGCAAACUGCCUCCCAUUUUUUACGGCACCCGUGCCUCUGGGUUUGUUAAAACCGCUCUGUUUCCAUACCUCUCUCUCCUCUCUCUCUUUUCCACGCCCUGUCCACCUCUUUACCCAUUUUGUAGGCCAUAUUCAUAAAUUCUUCUUCUCUCUUCUGCGCUUCCCACCACCAUUUCAAAACCCAAAACUAUUAAUUAUAAACAAAUGCGUUCCACUUCACCAUCGAUUUUGCCCUCAUUUCCCCCCCACCUCUCUCUCUCUCUACAAGUAAACACCACCAAUUCCUUCUGGGGGUUUCAUGAAUUUAACUAAAAGAGGAGCCCCAAUCCGUUGGAGAGGAAGAAAGGCCUGUUACAAUCAAUACUAGAUCUGUAUAAACAGGGCUUUUCUUACAGAGGUUUUGAGUUUGAACAUUUCUAGGGUUUGAAUGGAGGAGGCUACCACAUCGUGGACCACGGAUUUAUGUAUCAAUGAUUCAAUGGUGGAAGUAAUACCAGAAUACCAAACUUUUCCUCUUCUUUCAGAGGUGGAGAAUGGCACCAUGGAUGAGCAGGCUAGCGACAAGGAUUCCUUGUCUGUGUCUUUGGACUUUCUGUUACCUGAUGAUCUCCUCGAGCGCAUUCUCGCCAACCUCCCCAUGGCAAGCAUCUUUCGAGCGGGGACUGUUUGCAAGCGGUGGCUCGAGAUUGUGAAAUCAGAAAGGUUCCUAUGGCACCUCUCUAAAGUUACAUCUCAAAAGCCAUGGUACUUCAUGUUCACCAGCUCUGAAGACCCCUCAGGCUUCGCCUAUGACCCUAUCCUCAAGAAAUGGUAUAGCCUGGACCUCCCUCGCAUCCAGAACCAGAACUGGUUCAUGGCCUCAUCUAAUGGUCUCGUGUGCUUCAUGGACAACAACAACAAGAACGAGCUCUUUGUGUGCAACCCCAUUACCAAGGCUUGCAAGGAUCUCAAGGCGGCCCCCGACUUCAAGCCCUCUGACUACAUGGCCCUGUCGCUGUCCCUUGAUAGGAGGAGGAACUUCUAUACUGUGGCAGUUGUAAGGUCGGAACAGGUCCCUGAUGAUUUCCUCCGGUGGGACCUCUCGAUCCAUGUUUACCACUCAGGGACUGCCAUGUGGGCCACCCCUGUCAAGGAGUCCCUCGUUGGAUGGCGUGGAGGUGAUGAGAGCGUAAUUUGCAAUGGCAUCCUCUAUUGCCUCAUUUACUCCACCAGUGUGGUCGGGAGCUCUGAGAAUAGGCAUGGCUUGGUAUCAUAUGAUCUUUCGCUUACUUGUGGCACGAGCAAUAGGAGAUCGCUGGUUAGGAGUUUGGUUCCAAUGCCUUGUUCUCUGACUUGUGGGAGGCUGAUAAACCUAAAGGAGAGGCUUGUGAUGGUUGGGGGGAUUGGGAAGCAUGAUAGGCCUGAUAUAAUCAAGGGGAUAGGGAUAUGGGAGCUUCAGAAGACGGUUUGGAAGGAGAUUGCAAGGAUGCCCCACAAGUUCUUUCAGGGGUUUGGUGAGUUUGAUGAUGUUUUCACGAGUAGUGGUACUCAUGACCUCAUAUACAUUCAGAGCUAUGGAGCACCUGCUUUGCUUAUAUUUGACAUGAAUCUUAAGCAAUGGAAGUGGUCACAGAAGUGUCCAGUCAGUAAAAGGUUUCCCCUUCAGCUCUUCACAGGGUUUUGUUUUGAACCAAGACUUGAAGUCAUCCCUUGAUUGCCUAGGUAGCGAUCCAUUCAUAGUUGAUGAAUGAAUGAUUGAUUGGUUUCUGGUAUCGGAAAUGGUAAACUGGAAAGGAGAGCUGGUAUCGGAAAUGGUAAAGUGGAAAGGAGAAAAAGGAAUCAUUGGGGAGUGUUCAUCAUUUUUUUGAGGAGGGAUUCAUUUCUAAUUCACAGGAUUUUGUUUAGGGGUUAUUGUUUUUUAAGAGUUUCAAGUGCGCCAGAUGCCAUAUAAGAAUCAAAUAAUCCCAGAGAAUGUUGACGUUAUUAUUUUGAUCAUGCAUUCAGUAGCAGUUGAUAGAUUGAGUUGGUAGAUAGGAUGUGUUGCCCAUUGUGCUUUGUGAGGGAGUUAUGUUUGGAUUUGAUGGAGACAAUUGAUGAUGAUGAUGAUGAUGAAUGGAGAUGAUUGAUGCAAGGUGCCCCAGUUUCUUGGUGACAAGAAUGAUUUUUCACAGGAUUUGCAAAGUAAUCCUGUGCUCAUGGUUACCAAAAUUUUGUUAUCUUGUCUUUCUUUUCUAUACUUGAAUAUGUUUUCUAUUAGUCGUUGUUACAUUAUCUUUCUUUGUUUACCUAUACUUCGCAAUAUAAUAAAUGUGAUCUUUUUGCUUGAAAUCA